UUGAAUUAAGAGAUGAACGUACAUUACACGCGUAAACGCCAAUUCCUCGGAUGAAUACCUCAAUUUCAGCGUGUUUGUCAGUUUCGUACACGCCUGAGUCCUGUUGGACGCAUUCCACGAAAGAUUGAUUAUAGGGUAUUCUAUUCCUACUGGAGUCAGCGCGAAGAGAUGCUCAGUUCGUCGUGUAUCUGGGGGGUGGGUGGUAUUCGUGAGAGAACUGCACAGAUACGAGUUGCUUCACAAGUCGACGUUUUUUUUGUUUUUUUUUAAAGUAAACUCUCGUUUUACAACUAAAACGUUUCAUUUAAGAUCUUUCUCCCCGUGCAAGACUUGAAAUUAAAUUUAAAUCACCAAACAUUUCCACAGGCACUCGAUCGAGUAGUAACUCGAAGAAUACAAGAGUGCAGCAAGAUCCGGAACUGUGCGGCCUCAAAGAACGACACGCCAUUAGGCUGUCUCCUGCUUCUGUAAGCAGCUUCAGAAUAAAGAUUCUCUUUCUAAUGCAGGAAGAAAAUGCCAUUGGCGUUCGUUUUCUUGCUACACCAACUAUUGGUUGCUCUCGAUAGCAUAUAGCAUUUAAUCUUCUGUAGGGCCUCUCACAACGAAUAGUUCGUAUAGGUGUGGAAAACCUCCGCCAUCUCCUUCACUUCAUGUCAGAGUGUUUUUAUCAUCGUCUUUGUGCUUUGUAAACAACCUACGUUUACGAACAGAUACCGUACAUUGUCUUGGGAUUUGUGGUGCUAUGAUUACAUCAGCGGCACUGUUUUUUUCGUAUUUCCGCUCCCUGUGUCCGCGCGAGCACGUGACAAUCCAGGAGAGUGCAGUUCACCAUUCUCCCGCUGUUUAUCCUAGAGUACGUACGUUACAUCGAAGUUCACGCUGUUACAUCGAUAGGUCCUGUGGCAGUUUUGACGCAGACGAUGGUAAUUCUCAGAACAAGACCCUUUUGGAUGCCACAAGUCCGUCUUCUGGACUGGUUCUUCAGACCAUGCCACAACGCAGAGAAUCUUUUCUGUAUAGGUCCGACAGCGAGUUCGAAAUGUCCCCUAAGUCAGUAUCGCGUCAUUCCUCAAUCGGCAGUGAAUCACAUGGAGAAGCUGACCUGAUUGUUACCCCCUUUGCCCAAGUCUUGCAGAGUUUAAGAAAUGUACGAAAUAAUUAUAUCCGCAUCACUAGUGUCCCUGCAAAUAAGACUAGAAGAUCUUCAGGAACGGUCAAUUCAACUGCAGCUCCGACCAAGCUGACAGAUGGACAACAUAUACAGCUGGCAGUUGAAACUUUGGAUGAACUGGACUGGUGUCUGGAUCAGCUGGAAACAAUCCAAUCUCACAGAUCUGUUGGAGACAUGGCGUCUAGCAAGUUCAAACGAAUGCUGAACAAGGAAUUAUCUAGCCACUUCUCAGAGUCAAAAUCUGGUCAUCAGAUUUCUGAAUUCAUCUGCAGUACAUUUUUAGAAAAACAACAAGAUUUAGAUCUUACAAACUAUAAAGCUGAAGAUGGACGUCACAAACCUGGCCAAACAAUGUCACAGAUUUCGGGAGUAAAGAAACCUCUGUGUCACACAAACAGUCUGACUAAACUACCCAAAUAUGGGGUAGAAACUUCCCAUGAAGAAGAACUAGGACAUGAACUUGAACAUGUGGAUAAGUGGGGUGUUGACAUCUUCAGAAUAACAGAUUUAUCCAAUAAUCGACCACUUACCGCAGUUACGUACACAAUAUGGAGGGACAGAGAGAUUCUCAAGACAUUCGGUAUACCUUCUAAGACAGCCAUCAAUUACCUCAUGACAUUAGAAGAUCAUUACCUCAAGGUUCCUUACCACAAUAACACCCAUGCUGGUGACGUCACCCAGUCUGUGAACGUUCUACUUCUUUCUCCAGCUCUUGACUCAGUUUUCACUGAUUUGGAAAUACUAGCUGCAUUAUUUGCAGCAGCCAUCCACGAUGUUGACCACCCAGGGCUUACAAACCAAUACUUAGUCAACUCUAGUUCUGAAUUGGCGAUUAUGUAUAAUGAUGAAUCCGUUCUUGAAAGCCACUCGUUAGCUGUAGCAUUCAAGAUACUUCAAGACGAAAGCUGUAAUAUAUUUGUGAACCUCAGUAAAAAACAACGCCAGACACUCCGUAAAAUUGCCAUCGAUAUGGUUAUAGCAACAGAUAUGUCAAAACAUAUGAGUUUACUAGCCGACUUAAAGACUAUGGUGGAAACGAAAAAAGUAGCUGGAUCUGGGGUACUUCUAUUGGACAAUUACACUGAAAGAAUUCAGGUUCUUCAGAAUAUGAUCCAUUGUGCAGACUUAAGUAGUCCUACUAAACCGCUAGAAAUGUACAAGAAAUGGGUGGAUCUUCUAAUGGAAGAGUUUUUCCAACAGGGAGAUAAAGAAAGAGAACAAGGUCUAGACAUCAGCCCUAUGUGUGAUAGAUACAAUGCUACUAUUGAAAAAUCACAGGACCAAAUCAUUCAAACAUUUUCGGAGAAGAUCAUUGACUCAUAA